AUGGACCUCUUUGCUUCUUCGAGUAAACCGAACAACACGGUUUCCGAGCCAUUCGAUUUCCUUAAGACCAAAGCCCAAGAGUCGGCAAAACCGAUACCCUUUUUGAGCUUUCUUUCUCUCGAACCAUGCAAGCUCGAGGGGAAUUCAAGUUCACGCUGCAAUGGAGUCGAGGACGAUGAAGAUUCAACCGUGGCAUUACGUAUCGGGCUUCCUAGUGGACACAAUAAGAACGUUAUCGUAGUUGAUGAUAAUGAUGAUGAUGACGACGAUCGUCAUACUGAUAAUAAUAUAGUUGGAGAUAUGUCGGCUAAUGCCGAGUACUGGAUACCUAGUCGUGCUCAGAUACUAGCCGGAUUCACUCACUUCUCGUGCCAAAUAUGCAAUAAAACGUUCAAUCGUUAUAAUAACCUUCAGAUGCACAUGUGGGGUCAUGGAUCAGAAUACAGAAAAGGAGCGGAGUCGCUUCGAGGAACGCAACCACGAGUGAUGAUUGGGGUGCCAUGCUAUUGUUGUGAAGAAGAGUGCAAGAACAACAUUAACCAUCCGAGAUCGAAGCCUCUAAAGGAUUUCCGAACCCUCCAAACGCAUUACAAAAGGAAACACGGGACAAAGCGUUUCUCAUGUCGAAAGUGCGGGAAGAGUUUUGCGGUUAAAGGCGAUUGGCGAACACACGAGAAGAAUUGUGGGAAACGGUGGUUGUGUGUGUGUGGUUCCGAUUUCAAGCAUAAGAGAUCGCUAAAAGACCAUAUUACGUCGUUUGGUUCUGGCCAUGGGCCCGCACCACCGUUGUUUCAACCGGUGGAUCUUCGAUUCAAUCGGGAGGCAAUUAAUUGA